AUGCCGCCAAUCAGCAUGAGCGGCGAAAAAAUUGAAGAAGUCAACUCAUCCUGGUUAGUCCUGAAAUAUCAUGUCUUUUUUCUAAUUAGUUAUGAUAAGAUUCAUGUUAUAGUGCGCAAAAGGAACAUAUUUGUUUGAAAGUGAGCGUACUCGCGAUUGAUAGACUCAAAUCAAUAAUGUAUGCACGCCAUAGAAUAUUGUUUCGCAACUAUUUGUAAAAACUUCCGAAGAUCAGUUUUUUAUUUUUUAUUUUUUUUAUUUCCCCACUUUCAUAAGAAUUCAGGAAAGUAAGAAAGUUUGUGGUAAAUUUAUGUGUCGUCUUUAGUUUAUAAGCGAAUUUUUAGUUGUAAUAAAUAUAGUUCGAAAAAUUCAGUAAAGUUUAUAGUCCUUGAAGCAUAGGCAUAAGUUACUACUGCGAAUUCUGUAAAAUAAAUCAAAGGGGCCAUUAAAGUGGUCUCUAAUUCUGAAUUCCGCGAAGGAGUCAUCAACGCUUUUUUUACUACUUCACUUGAUAUGUAUUAUUAUUAUUUUUUUGUUUUUUUAAAUCAUGUUUUUUUCUGAAAUAUUCUUUUUGAUAGUUCUGAAAAAAAUCACAUAGUUUUGGACUUGAAAACUUUUUAUUUGGUGGUAUGAAAAAAACACCAGCGAAAAUUCAAACGGCGACUUUUCCGAUUUUUUCAUAUCGCUAGGGAACUUUCCGACGGCCACUUUUCCGACGAAACUUUUUCCGACUUUUUUUUCUCGAUAAAAUCUUUGUUUUAAAUCUUCCUAUAUAAAGUAGGUAGUUGGUUCAUGAUUAAAAACACAAAGAAAUAGGAAAAAUAAAUGUUAAUAGAUGUUUUAUAAACCGAAAUUCAUAAGGGGAAAAAAAGUCGGAAAGGAAUCCGUCGGAAAGGUGGCCGUCGGAAAGUUCCCUAGCGAUAUGAAAAAAUCGGAAAAGUCGCCGUUUGAAUUUUCGCUGGUGUUUUUUUCAUACCACCUUUUAUUUUCAAUUUUCUCUAGAGCUUAAGUUAGGGUAUUCGGUGAACGAAAAUAUUCAAACAAUUACGGCUGUACCUGAAAAUUUGAAAGUUUUGUAAGAUUACAUACGAUUUUCAAAGCUGAGAGGUUCAUUUCGCUGCAUAAUAGUUUUGUUUCAUUGUAAUGUUUUCCUGCUUUCGAGAGUUCUUCUUGUUUCUCUUUUUUUUUUUCCAAUCUCUAAAAAGUUUCCCAUUGAAGGGCUUCUGAUGAAAAUUGGCUCAUGAUGGCGAAGCGUGUGGCUAUACUAGCCGUAGGGUCUUUCAAUCCACCGACUAUCAUGCACUUGAGGAUGUUAGAAGUGAGAUUUGUAUGUUAAUUCCUUUGCAUAAAGUUUUCAGGUGGCUCGCUCAUAUCUUGAAGCUAGAAAUGUGUCAGUAUUAGAAGGUAUUCUGAGUCCCGUGGCUGACCAGUUCAACAAGCCAUCCUUGAUACCUUCCGUUCAUCGGCUGGCCAUGGCUGAGGCAGCUGUUCGGUCUUCGGAUUGGAUACGAGCAGAUGGUUGGGAAUGUCGAAGAACCUGCUGGACCAGGACCCUCGAUGUUCUGCGCCAUCACUCACACGAAAUUAAGGUUUGAGUUUGAAUUUAGGUAAUGGUAGUUUCUAGGAAGCAAUUUGCAUUAGCUUCUGAAUUAUUUCCUAUGCGUCAUAAAGUGAAAAAAAACUCACUUUUGGAGAAUCAGAUUUAUGGUUGCAUUGCCAAGUAGUUAACACACUAAUUUUUUGAGAUAUUUUUUUUUGUAAAUCAAAAAUUUUUAUUUAGCUUUAAAUACAUCAAGGAAUACUUAUGGGUUAGCAUCUACUUUUAUUUCGGUUACUUGUAAUAAAGUAGUUACAACUAAUUAGAAGCGUUUCGCAAUAAGUAUUGCAAAAUAUACCAUGUCCGAUAUCUGAUUUGUCGUUUACAUGACCAAGUUGGUCGACAUACGCCAGCGUACAGCCACGCGACUCAUUUAAAAUAAGUUGCUGAAAGGCAUAAGCGGGCAUGUUGCGCCCGAAACUGUCACUAAUUUCUUUUAUCUAUGAAAAUGGGUGUGCCUGACGGAAAUUACGAUAAUCUCAGUGCAGCUAACGUAUUGAAAGAUUGAGUAAUACCUCUAUAGAAACACCUGGUUCAGAAAAAGCAUGGCGAAGACGUGAAGAUGAUGUUAGUUGUGGGUGGCGAUGUCGUAGAGUCCUUCCCAUGUGUCUUGCCGGACGGAUCCACUCUUUGGAAGCCAGAUGACGUGGUCAGCAUUGUUUCCGACUUCGGUCUCAUUGUGAUCGCUAGAGACGGAUCUUUUCCGGAAGAAGCAGUCAAAUCAAUGGAAAAGUUGAAGCCGCUAACAGAAAAGAUUGUGAUACUCAAGGUUUUCGUUUUUAUUUUUCUUUCGAAUCUUGAAAACUUCAUUCUAGGAUGA